UAAAGAAGCAUGAUCUCGGUAAAGUAAAAAGGACAUUCAGCGCAAAUUACCCUCUGAAUAUGAACAGCAAAACUGAUAUAAAUAAGUAUCAUGGGAUACUUAGAAUCACUUAACUUUACAUUAACCUUAACCCCCCUUCCACCCCAAAAAUAUAUUCUAUAUUCGUCACUGAUAAGAUCCAUAUCAUUUUGUUGAUCAAUAUUGGAUUUUUUUAGUUCCAUUACUACAAGAAUCACAAACGGCUAUAUUAUAUCAAUACGAUAACAAAAAUAGGAAUAUGAUAAUAAUGUAUUCUAUGUAGGUACCUACUCUAAAUAGUGGCUUACAUGUACGUAUAAUAUAUUUAUAAAAAUAAUUAUUGAGUAGCAUCUUAAUUAUAUCAUUAUAUAAUUAGUACGAGGCUGUGCUCCUUGCUUUAUAACAAUUUUUACUGGUGGAAUUUUUAAACCGUAGUAUUUUUUGAUUUGGUUACUAUGAAGUUAACAAAAUGGAGCAAAUUUCUAAAGGAUUUUUUUUUUUUUACUUUUUAAUAUAUGAGUUAUUGAGCGCCUGAAAUUGAAAUUUGGAGUUAUAAUCCAAUAUCAAUCCCAUGUGAUAGACCUAAUUAAGAAAUAAUAUUCAAUUCUUUUUUGAACCAUUGCUGAUAAAGACGGUUCAAUUGAUAAGGACUGUUCCCUUCUAUAGUGUAAACAAUAAACAGUAGAAUUAUAAUUAUGAAAACUAAAAAGUCUAUGAUAAAAGUAAUUAGAUUUUAAUAGCAAACUAUAGUAGGCUACUAUUUGUAAUAUAGUAAAAAAAGUUAUUAAUUUUUCCGUCAAUACCUAAAACUGUAUAAAUGUCUCUUCCAUUGAGUCAUUCAAAUUCUAUAACGAGAGCUUGGUCGUUGGUGAUAGUGUUUGAAUAAUUGAAUUCAAAUUUGCAAAUGGCAUUGAAAAAGGAAAGAGAACAGCCUGCAUGAAAUAUAAGAAGAUUCAGGUCUCUUGGAAAGUGGCUGUUAUCACCUUUGCCUCAAUGUGCGUGCAUAGUGAAUGAGGUACAGUAGCCAAUAGUUGUUGAUAAAGUGAGCAUUUGAUAAUUUUUGACGGCCAAAAAUUGAGUUCACACCAGAGUGCCCUUCACCUCAAUUUUCUAUUGAGAUUCCUAUUGUAGGUAGACCAUAACUUCAGCGCGGAUAUCUUUGCACUGGACAUUAGAGCAUCGGUGAGACAGUGACAAGUUAACCGGCUAUCUCAGGAGUACUAUUUGCAAGUUUAUAGUGAUGUUUAUAUUAUCUUGAUGUGGGAUAGAGAGCAGAAACAAGGAUGGCGCAAUGAAAUUUGAGGACACGCCGUAUCUAUAGGGAUGUGAAGAGUUGAAGAAUUCUGAUACGAUGGCUAUCACUUUUCUACUCUUAUUGAUUUUCAUUGAAUUCAAAAAAGUCAACAAUCUUGAAAACAACGCACAACUGAUCCGUUUCCUACAACCCGAUGAUGUGGACAGCAUACAUUUCAACAUUGACGACAUGAAACGUCGCUCUAGUCUCUGCACCCGCAACUGCGAAACUAAUUCGAAGCCAAUGCUUUGCUACUAUCAAUUCACUCUGGAGCAGUAUACAGUUAUGGGCCCGGCGUGUUAUGACUGUCCCCUGAACAUUUCAAAUUGCUAUCAACCACAGUGCGUUACUGCCGAUGGCAUUGAAAAAAUGAUCCUAGUUGCUAACAGACGUAUGCCAGGACCAUCUAUUCAGGUGUGCCAAGGCGACACAGUUGUAGUGGAUGUUGUGAACAAAAUGGCUGGUCGCAGUACAGCAGUGCACUGGCAUGGUCUGAAGCAGCGAGGGACGCCAUUCAUGGAUGGCAUGCCGGGAGUCACGCAGUGUCCCAUCCUCUCCGACCAGACUUUCCGCUACAAAUUCAAAACUGCCAAUAGUGGCACAUUCUUCUGGCAUUCGCAUGAUGGCACACAAAAAAUGGAUGGACUGGUGGGUAAUCUGAUAGUGCGCGGAAGAAUGGAUGCGAAUCGUGAGCAAUAUGACUUGGACCUGGCAUCGCAUGUGGUGCUUGUCACCGACUGGAUGCACGAGACCAGUGACGAUCAUCAGCCGGGUCUGCUCCGAAGCAAUAUUGGCCAGGAGCCCGAUGCAUACCUGGUCAACGGACGCGGAGUUUAUCUGCCAGACCUGGCCAGUAUGCUGAAGAUGUCAUCAGCGGCGAGCGGAGUGAGCCUGCAGUUGAGCAUGCCGCUUGCAAGGUUCGUCGUGAAGAGAGGUCUGCGCUACAGAUUUCGAGUGAUCGGCGGCUCCUGUCUCUCCUGUCCGUUUCGAAUCUAUUUCCAAAGCCAUCAGCUGACUCUCAUCAACAUGGAUAUGAACUCAGUAAGGCCUGUUACUGUCGAUGCUGCUGACAUCUCUUCUGGAGAGAGAUUCGAUUUCGUAAUUAAUGCGAACCAAGCAGUGUCGAGCUAUUGGAUCUAUAUCACUGGUCUCGGAGCAUGCAAGAAUAGCCGAGGCGUAGCUGUGCUCCAAUACGAGGGAGCUCUCUUAUCUAAACCAUUGACACCUAUGCCAGGAAUAACCAGUAUUCCUAAUGGGGCUGUUUUCAAUCGACGGAACUCAGUGUGCAGACCAAACACGAAGCUAGAUGUUUGUGUGACGCAGCUCAGAAGUCAGAGGCGCAAUCCUGAAAAGCUUGUGCAACCUCCUGACGCCAGAAUUCUGGUCAAUUUUAUAUUCUACCAGUUCAACAGAAAAACUUUGUUCGAAGAAGGAGAUUAUAAAAGAUAUUUUGCGCCCUACAACCCAUUCACAAAUCAAAUAGUUCUGCUAACGUCGGUGGUGAAGAAUGUGUCGAAUAGCAUGCCUUCCACGCCACUGCUCAACCAGAUCGACGACAUCAGCGACUCCAAGUUCUGCAGCGACGAAUGCCUCACUCGGGUCAACACCACGCCCUGCGACUGUCUGCUACUGGUCAAGGUGCCACUAGGAGCUGUUGUUGAAAUACUCUUCGUCGAUGAUUAAAUCUCUGAAAUAGCCAUCAGUCAUCCAUUCCACAUGCAUGGCUAUGAGUUCUACAUAAUGGAGACAGGAGUCUUCACUGCCGGCAACAGACAGACGCAAGUCGCCUCCCUGAUGGAGCGACUUGAGAGUCAGUCUU